AUGGGAGAUAUAGUUACAUCCAUAAGCAAGUUGGAAUCCUGUGGUAAACUCCCUUCUCAAACUGAAAAGAACCCUAAUGUCUAUGUGGUGACCUUGAGAAGUGGCAAACAAACCGGAGAAAAUAGUUUGAAGAAGAAGCCGAGGGAAGAAGAGGAAGAAAUAGAGAUCAUCCCCAUUGAGGAUCCCAUAGCCAAGAAUGACACACAAGCCGGAGCCCCAAAGAAGACUACUCCUCUAGUGACACCAAUAGCCACUCACCUAUCGUUCCCCUCCCGACUUGCAACUUCAAAGAAGAAUAUGGAGGAGAAAGAGAUCUUGGACACCUUCCGAAAGGUGGAAGUAAACAUCCCUUUACUUGAUGCAAUCAAACAAAUUCCGAGAUAUGCAAAGUUCUUGAAGGAGCUUUGCACCAACAAGAGAAAGUUGAAAGGGAAUGAGAAAAUCUCGAUGAAUGAAAAUGCAUCCGCGAUUGGAGAUGUCACCUUUAGUAGUGCUAUGCUUGAUCUUGGUGCCUCUAUCAAUGUCAUGCCUUACUCGGUGUAUGAAUCAUUGAAUGUCGGACCCUUAAGUGAAAACGGUGUCAUAAUAUCUCUUGCGGAUAAAUCAAGUGUCUUUCUUAAAGGUGUUUUGGAAGAUGUCCUAGUGCAAGUAAACCGAUUGGUCUUCCCGGCGGAUUUCUAUGUGAUUGACCUAGAUGAACAAGUAUCCUCAAAAUCGGGUAUAAUCUUACUUGGGCAACCAUUCUUGAAGACGGCUAGAACAAAGAUUGAUGUGUAUGCGGGAAGCUUAACAAUGGAAUUUGAUGGUGAAACAAUAAGUUUUAACAUUUAUGAUGCUAUGAGGUAUCCUAGUGAUGUUUCAUCUUUGUGCUUUAUAGAUGUUGUCGAACCGUUGACUCAAGAAUUGUUCGAGUUGUGUGAUGAUGACAUGUUGGAGAUGGUUUUGAGCAAGGGGUUUGAUUGUGCAAAAUUAGCCAAGAAAUUGAAGCUCUAUUUGCUAGACCCCGAAAUUGAAAGAUUAGUCAAUAAUUUGGAGAUCAAGAAGACCACCCAAUUUAGUGUGAAUCAAAUUGAAUUACCUCAAACUCACACGACAUUUCCACCCUCCCUUGUCCAACCGCCGUACUUAGAAUUGAAGGUCCUUCCUUAA